AGCCUGCUUCAGCUUCGAGCAACAGAUUUUGCGACGAUAUGAUUCAACACACUGUUUAUGGCGCUACAUUUUGCCAUUAUUUCGUAAUUUUUCGUAAAAUUUCCAGGUUAAGACUUUAACGAAGGCCUUCAUCUACUUUCCUGGUCAUGAAAAUUUUGUCAAUAUUAUUUUUCCUGCUAUUAUUUUUCGCUUGCAUCGUAAGGUAUGAAGCUUUUGAAGUUGUUUUGUAGCACGUUAAUUUUAGUUACUACUAUUCUACGUAGGUUAGGUCUAAUAAGAUAAUUUUUACCUUGCUUUACAGCCUUCAAGCUCCCGAUGGAAAUAAGGAAGCCAUUCCCUCCGUUGCUGAGAAAGGAGAACCGGAUUUAUCGGAGGCGUUAUCCUCUAACAUUGAACCUGUACGUGUAUGUAAACCAUUAAUCAAAGUUUAAUAUUAGUACUGUUGUUUACUAGAUCAGAAACGUCCACAGGCUGAUGUUUGCUAACUGUUUCGUGGCUUAAAUUAAUUCAUCAUCAGAUGUGUUGUUUUAAAAAAUGAUUUUAAUAUUACAAGGAGAAAUGAAACGGCUUACAUUGAGUUCUAAUUGUCACGCGAACUUCGAACUAGAAGUUACAUAUAGGCAAGCUCAGCGAGUGUACCUUGUUGAAAUGAUGUUUGUUGAAACGAUGUUUACCAGUUGGUUAUAUUUUUCGUAGUAAAAAUCUCCGUUUCUUUUUCUGGCGUUUUAUAAUUCGUAAAUUAUGUUUUAAAAUGUGCCUAGAACUAGCUAACUUGUUUACAUGUUCAUGUAAUGGUUAGUAGCAGCUUCCUGCUGUGUUUACUUCAGUUCAUCUUAACUUAACUCGAGUACUCGUCAGAGCUCUUUCUAUCUUAGUUGUUUUUGUUGUUUUUGAGACUUGUAAUGAAUUUUGUUAUACAUGUUAAUUAACCUCAAAUUUCUGUUCAAAUAUUACCACCUUCAGUAGUUUCAAUGAUUACUGUAGUUUAUUCUCAAAAACUUUCUGUCAGUUUACAAUUUCCUGCUCUCAAGUUCUGUACUGCAGUGGAGGUUUGCUAGCAAGGUGGUUGACACCUGGAACUUCAGAUCUGUUGAUCUGGGUUAGAGCUCUGCCAUCUCCUUGUUUUCAUAGACAAGAACCUUUUAUCUUAUAUGUCUCUCUCAUGUGUUUGUCUACUCAACAAAUUUUGUCUGUGAAGGUUACUUUGUUAAUCUUGUCUAUCCUGUGUUGGAUUUUAAUUUUAAUUUAGAGUUAUUAGCUAGUCCUGAUUAAUUCCAUGGAUAUUGGUUCAAAACCUGUAUUUCUUGAGUAAGACAAUAUUUUUAUUAAAAUAAUUAACCAAUAUAUUCAUUAUUGAAGGCAUUUUAUAAUAUCUUUUGAGGGAUUUUGACAUGUACCUGUGUCCUUUGCUAGUGAAUUUUCCUGGUGAAUAAGGAACAUGAACUGUAAAAUAAUUAUUUGGCAAAACUCUGAUACAUGCGGUGUAGAUUAAAAGACCAAAAAAAGCCUAAUUACUGCAAUCAACUACAAUCACUAAUAAAGAUCGCUGAAAUUAAAGUGUGUGAAAAUAUCCUAUCCACUGCAUCUUAUAGCAAUCACAGUGGUUAUUGCAACAACAAUCACUGAUCACAUUCUUAUGUAAAGGGGGUUUCGAUAAUAAAUUAUGCAGGGCUUAUGAUUAUUUCGUGUGGUCGCUGAACCGCGAAAUUCAGGUAAAUCCACAAAAUCCCUCGAAAUUCACAAAAACACACAGGAUACCACAACAUAUUUGGAACUUGUCUCAGCUAUUGGUGCUGUUUAAUUGCUGCAAACUUGCAAAUUUAUCUUGAAAUGAGCAAACAACAUCCCAAAACCACCAGGUGUAAAUUAUGUUGCAAAAAACUGGACACUAGCCAUGAUAUAAAAAGCUUUGCCAUCGGCUCAUUUCUCGAUGUCAUAGUUGUUGAAAGAGCAAAUGAUUAUCUCUUUUAAAAAAUUUAAAACAUUCUGGUCAGAUUAUCCCAAAACCAAUCAAUUUUAGCGAAUUCCCUCAAAUCGGCCAUAUUUUGGUGAUUUUUGCUCAGUGAAGUUUACCUUAAAAAUUCCCACGAAAAUCCCGCAAAAUCAGAAAUUUGACCUUUUUCUACGCAACCUAUCAGAAGCCCUGAUUAAAAUGACUACAAUAUUAUUUCUUAUGAUUGUUCAGCUUGUUGAACUUUUUAUAGCAGUGGUCGCAAUCAUUGGAAGCCAUGCUUAACACAAACUGCAAGACAUCAUCUAGUUUUGGUCAUGUAGAUUUGUAGACAAACAAAGAAAAGGUCACUAUUUCAGGGCUCGAAAAAAGUCCUGUCUGUAUUCCAGGAUGACUAGAUUUUGUUGCUUGGCAAGUAACUUCUAAAGCUUACUUGCCUGAUGGGCACAGAUCCAGGCAAGUUGAACCAAAUUCCAACUAAAAUCAUUGAGAGCUGCUUGCCCAAAGGACAACAUCUUGUUCCUCUUGUACCCAGAUACUGGGGCAGAAGUAUUAAAUACAUGUAUAUACUUAAAUUUCACUGAUGUUAGAUUUUGCCUAUUGUGUUUUUUGCAAUAAUUUUAAAAAAAAUCCUGAAAUUAAAGAUGCAAAUAAAAUUUCUGAUGAAUUAAAGCACACAAAAUAAUAUAAAUUUAAUAACCAUAAAGAAAAUUCAGAUCACAGAAAAAAAAAUUAUUUGCACUUGCAUGUAUGUUAAAACUCUUAGUGUUGCAAGUUGCAGCUCAUUGAGAAAAUCCUACAUAUGUACGUUGUCAUAAGUCAAGUCUUUUUCACACAUGUUGGCCUUUCAAAAAGUGAGUCUCGCAGUGUAUAGCCACCCUUGUGUUAGGGUUAAUACUAGCGGACGGGAAACAAUAACCCUGCAAAGUUUUUUUAUGGCGGAUUUGAUUCAUUUUUGGAUGAUGAGGGAUUUGCCACCAAUUUGUAAAGGGACUUAGGGAGUAAAGAAAGUCAGUUUUACAGCUUGCCAUUUGGGCAAGCUGUAUCUAGCACGUACUACCCUAAGAGUCUCUUAAACUGCCCUGAAAAAAUAUUUGUUGAGCAGGAUUGUAUACAGUUCUUCUGCAAUUUGAACUCCCCAAAAAACUUUACCUGCCCAGCGGGUAAGUUAAGAAGAGAAUUCACUAGCCCAAUAGCACAAUCCACUAGCGGCAGGUUAUUGGACACAAAUUUCAUUGCACACUGGGACUUGAAAAAAGAGAUAAUUUUGGUUACAAGGAGUGACUUAUAACUUGUAUUUUGGGGCCUCAAAUAAGUUACUUGUGUGAACAACAAUGUUUCCUGUUUUACUUGACCUUUCAGCCCUUGAAACACCUUAAAAUCAGUUGCUGGGUCUGGUUUUAUAAUGUAUGUGCUUUGUUGAUAAAGUACGUGUAAAUUGUGUACUGUAAAUACAGUAGUUUUGAAUACCCUCCUCUCUAAAGCACUGCCACAGACUCUUUAAAACUGCACAGCCUGGAAGAUUGAAGACAACCAAUGAUUAAUAAAAGCUUGUCUUAUCAAUUAACACAUUUUAGUAAAUUAACUCGUUAAAGGGGCUGUGUCACGGCAGUCCAGUUCAUUUUGUUUAAUUUUGCCAAUUACUCGCCCUCAAUCGCUAUGGAACUUAAAGUAAGCAAAGAAAUUACAGGUAAAUGACAAAAUCAGAGAUCCGAGACAAACAAAUAUGUCUCCUGAGCAUUAUUUUUGAAGUUGCAAGCAGCAGGGAUCAACUUUGAAAAACUGUUAGGCUGAACAGUUUUCAAAAAUCCUAAUUUCAAUCCGUUUCAAUCUUCUUCAGUUUUGCCCAUCCGUGGCAUCUGUUGUUUCUGUUAUGUUAUUUUAACCUUCCUUUAAAGUUUUAAGCGGUUAUUUUUAUGUUUCUCUUAAUUUAACGGGCAUUUUGUAAUUUCCUAAUUUGGCUGAAUUUCGUGACACAGCUCCUUUAACAUGAUAAAUUGCCCUGACAUGUUCAACUGGCUGCUACAUUACCAUCUACUGGCUACAGAAAGGUAGCUGCCUUCAAAUUCAAAAGUGACAUUGUCUAUUAAAGUACAUACGGCUGAGUAUUUCAUUCCACGCUUAAGCCCCGUUGUAGGGAAAUGAACUUCAGAUAGAUGAGUGUUGUGAUUCACAACUCUCUUGUCUCGUAGAAAUUUAUUGGUUAGAAUUUCUCUCCUCCUCCACAGGGAGGAAGGGGGCCUUUGCAGAGUGACUUUGCAUAAGUGGCAUAAUUAAGAACUCUUUAAAAUUUAUUUCACUCUUUCAUUUGUUACAGAAAGAGUCUCAAGAAUUGCCUUUAUCAGAUGACUCAUUGACCACAUCACAAGAAGCCUCCUCAAGUGUCUUCCUGUCCACAUCAGAACUGGAAGAACUUGUUACACCAACUGUGGCUCCAGCCACCCCAAGCUAUGAUGCUGAUUUGUCCAUUACUGUCGUAAACGACGCAAGUAGCAGUGACUCAUACUCAAAACCAAGUGAAUACAUGGUUUCAUCAGUAAUCCUUAUACCUCCCAGUAAUCCAAGCCAGAUUCAGUCAUCCCAGGGAAGUCAAAAUGUUAGAGCUGGCACUUUCUCUGAGGGAGUGGUAGCAACAAAAGAGCCAGAGGUGUUCUCUUCAGUUUUAGACUCCGUGUAAGUAAACUUUACAGUGCAUUGAAUUAAAAACUACCACAAGGUGAAAAACAGAUAGAUGAAAGGGUAAAUUUAAAGAAUGAAAAUAAUACACCAUUAGUUUCCUCUAUUUACCUUAUAUUAUUUACAGAUAAUUUUUAAUUUUUAUCUGUUUACUAUUGCAGCCCUCCAAAUCCAAUCAGCAGUGAGCCCACGCCUACUGCACCUUCAGCAACAAGUCCAAAGGAGGAAGAAGACAGCAUAACGGCAGCUUUAAACCAAGCAGCAGAAGAGGAAACCAAACUGAAGGAAGAAGAAAUGCCUUCAUUUGAUGAAUUUAAAAGAAGAGUUUUGCAGGAGGAAGAAGAGAAAAGUAAACAGCAGAGUGCUGAGAACUCAAGUGGAGCUGCACCCAAACUCAAGAAAUUAAAGGAACGAAAACAAAGCAAUUAUGCUUCAGUAGACUGUGGUGCAAAGAUCUUAGAUCACAAUAGUGAAGCAUCUAAUGUUGACAGUAUUUUGGUCGAAAAUAGAGACUUGUAUAUGUUAAAUCCGUGUAGCGCACAAGUGUGGUUUAUUGUGGAGUUAUGUGACCUGGCUCAAGUCAAAAGCAUACAAAUUGCAAACUUUGAACUAUUCUCUUCUACUCCUGAAAGCUUUCGGGUGUAUGUCAGUAAAAGAUAUCCCACGAGAGAGUGGACUAUGUUAGGGACAUUUCAAGCUCGCGAGGAAAGGACAAUACAAACUUUUCCACUAGAUGAACCAAUCUAUGCCAAGUACUUUAAGAUAUGAAUCUGUGAACAGUUUGCUGUCAAGUCGCCCAAAGCCAAAGUUAGUCAAUAGUCCCAAGUUGUUUAAAAAAUGGAUAACAUUAUCCACCCGAUAAGUCACUACAUGUAUCUACUGGAUAACAUGACUGGUUUCCCUAAUACUUAUCCACCGGAUAGUGAUUUAUAUGGUGGAUAUUAUUAGUGCUAUCCAAGUUUUGAACAGCCAUGACCAGAAGGUUUAUUAUGCUCAGCAAGUUUCUAACAUCCUAAAUACACAUUCAUCACACUUGUUUUGUCUCAUUGAGGCUUAAAGAACAAGAUAUGUUACUCAUGUAUCGUGCCUUUUUCGCCGUCUUGUGGCUUAAUGAACGACAUAUUUAGUGUACAACACAUUUAUCAUGCUCGUUUCGUCUAAGGCUUUAAAGAACAAGACAUUGCACAUAUGAUGCUUAUAAUUGUCUUAUUAACGAAUCUCUUAUUUUAAGUACCUUGUAGGUAGAAAUUUCUUUCUUUUUUUGGAAUUCCGUCUAUGCGAAGACAAUUUUUAGCUUUUUUAAACAGAUGCAUUGUGGCAAAUAGUGUGAGUAAGUACCUUAUGUGUUGUCCUUAAUUCAAUUAGGUUGAGAUGUUGAGUCACUUUGGCUCAGAGCAUUACUGCCCACUGAGCCUUCUGCGUGUGCACGGCAGCAGCAUGAUGGAAGAGCUGGAAGACCAUGAAACAGAUGGACAGGAAGAGAAUGAUAACAGUGACAGUGACAGUGAUGUGCCAGUGUUACCUCCUGAUCCUAGUGCCAAGGUUGAAGAUCAACCCAAGGAGCAAAAUCUGCUGGAAAGAGCAGCUGAUACAGUUUUUAAUCUGGUCAAGAAAUUCACUGGAAAUGGGCAUGAUAACAAGCAAGAUAAGGAAGGAGAUGAUAGUAAACUCGGCACCCAAGACAAUAAAAUGACUGCUUCUGAGAAGGAAUCCCAAGGUGAAAGCAAGGGCAAAAUUGUCACUCUUGUUGGUCAUGAAGAGCUCAACGAAAAUUCACAAAUGAGUGGUGACAAUGCCUGUUUAGUAAAGCAAGGUCACAGUCGUGAUAGAAAUGCUUCACAAGGAAAAUGUGUGUCUGGUAAUAUAAGCCAUGAAGAUAGUCCACCUUGCAGCAAAGCAGAUAACGAGGGAGACACUCGUACAUGUAGUCCUGCUCCGUCAGCAUGUCAGUUGUUUGCUCAGGUAUUAGGGCACUACAGUCUGGGGUGUUUUGUGGGACGAAUACUGUUUUCAAAGAAUGAAAAUUUUACAGUAUCAAUGAAUUUAGCCACGAGUGGUGAUUACAAGCGAAAUUUAAUUGUAGCUCAUGAAAAAGAUAAAGGUGAAUCUUAUGAAAAGAAAGAAAGUCAAGACCAAGAGAAAGUUCCUGCAGAACAGGCUGGAGAGCCAUCUACUGCUUACAACUCAGAAGAGAAGAGUGCUGAAUUAGAUAUCGUAGACCAAGAAUUCUCUGUUAUCAUUCCUGAAAUGUCCUCCAGCGUUCUGAAAAUAUCAAAUGAAGUUACCAGCUCAGGUGCAUCAGGAGUUUCAGAAUAUGUUGACCCUUCGCCUGGAGUUUUGCAGCCUAGCGAGUCACUAAACAUUUUCGUCUCAGAGAAUGACAAGAAGAGGGAAACUGAUGACAAAACCCCUUCAUUAGCAGAAGUGUCAGUUGUUACGUCCUUACCCUUAAAUGCCACUCUGCCGGCUUCUUCGUCUGCGGUACUUAAAAGUUCCCAAGUGCCAGUAAUUAAGGAUUCUUUUGUUGAUGUUCCACAAGGUGAAUCCAAGUUACACAAUCAGCAGGAGUUAAAUUUACAACCUGUACAAAGCAUUCCUGACAGACCGUCAACUGUGUUAGGAAGUGAACAGGCACACUCUGUGACAAAAGGCACUUCUCAACAGCCAUUGCCUUUGAAUGUGAAGGAUAUAAGUUCCAAAGAUGAAGAGAAAGUAGAAGACAAUGUAACUGUUACUGAUGAAUUAAACAGUAGCAAGGGUAAAGAUCAAACCGAAGCUACACCAUCAGAAUGCAAAGGGCCAAAUUCAAUUCACAUUAUGUCACAAUCUUCUCCAGAUAUUGACGUCUUGGAGACAAAACUCACUGACAAAGAUGGACGAGAGGGUACUGCUCAAUUACCUGAAGAGGUACAUUUAGAAAAAGAGCCUAUACAUAAUGCCAGUGAAGCGUCAGAAUCAACCAAAGCAACCGAUUUUUCAAGGAUAAAUUUAGAACCAGUCACAAGGUGAAGGAUUGAAACCAGAUUUGGACAACCAGGAGCCGGGUAUUAAAGCACAAAAUCGACAUCCAAAAUGUUGGAAUCUGAAAAUGUGGAUCCAGUUAUUCAGCCUACCAUUCCUCCUAGUAUUGACAUUACUGACACUUCAGACCCUGUUCUUCCAUUACCAGCUCCUCCUGUUAUUGGAGACACAAGCUUGCCUAGCCAUGAGUUUUCAACUGCAGCAUCGUCAGCAGAAGCUACUCUUGAUACUUCAAUCCUCAGCAAAGCUCAACAAGCCGCUGUUUCUUCUUCAGCUGGACUAUCGUCAGGGGUCGGGUCAGGAGGGCAAAAGGAAUCCAUAUUUGUUCGUCUUAGUAACAAGAUCAAGGUUCUGGAACAGAAUUUGAACAUGAGUACCCUGUAUAUGGAACAGCUGCAUCAGAGGUAACUUUUACAAAUCUCUUCAAUCUCUCAUUGAUACAAGUGGUUACAGCACCAUGUUCUCUUUAAAGCUUUAUUUGUGUGGGCCCAGGCUCCGGCCCCAAAAGGGAAAAGGCGGAAAAAAUCAGCAAAUGAAGUGGUGGAAAUGACCUUUCCCACACCCCAGUCCAUGUCUUUUUUGUUGUAGUUGUAGUUGUUGUUGUCUUUUUCUUUUUAUGGCUGUUUUGCCCUGUUUUUUGCCUUUUCCUCCACUAUGGAGCCUGGUCCCAGGCUAAAGCUACACGUACAUGUACAACCUGAUGGACAAAACUCUUUAGAUGGUUCCAUCUAUUAAUUUUUUUGAAUUACGCGCUACAUUACCAUCUCCUCUAAACAUCUAAUAAAAUUACCCCAACCCCUCCCCUAUUCAGUAGUGGUUUGGCCUUUAAACCAGUGUAUAUAAUUCUGGGCCCAGUUGUUCAAAGGCCGAUUAGCACUAAACCCAGGGUUAAAUUUAACCCGAGUUUCUUUUUCUUUUUUUGAAAGCAUUUUCUCGGAUAAUUUGCUCUGUUGUUUUUAAGACCAUCCAAAUAUCAACUUGUUGACAAAAAGAAUUAAACUGAAUUUACUUUUUAAACUUUCAUAUCUGAAUUCAUAUUUCGCACUAACCCCAGGUUAUCUUAACCCAGCUUUGAACAACCUGGCUCUGGGUCCGGUUCCUGAAAGGUCGAUUAGCGCUAAUCCAGGAUUAAAAUUUUGUUCCAUUUUUGUAAUUUACCUUCCUACGUAUUGCUUAGAGUAACCUUUUGUGUUAUCAUUACUGUAUCUCAGGGUAAAGGCUCAACAGUAUUUUUUUUUUAGCUCGAGUUGCAUGUCCUUAGACAAGAAAACCUUGCUUAAAACUAGGCUUAAUCCUGGGUGAAACUUAACCAACUUUCGAGGAACCAGGCCCUGGUAUUACUCAAAAAAUUGUUGGAGGAGAGGAAGGGGGAGUAAGACAAUUAAUUUAAGCAAGGGGUUUCAUUUUAGUCCGAAUGACAGGAAAAAUAGGUCUUUAUUCAAUUUUUAUCAACCGGUUUAGAUCACAGUUGUAGCUGAUCUCUAAAAGUGUUUACCGUAGUACAUGACCAGAGUGAUAUAAAAGUAGUUUAGAGUUCUCGGAGAAAGUGCUAGGGACAAUCCCAUAACUUCGUAUCUUUUAGUUCCUUCUUCAAAGAAGUUAUGUUUAUGUAGCCUUAAAUUCAGACGUUACUGAGGGAGUAAAAACGACUCAAAAUAGUUGUCUGAAAUUCAGGCUUUGCGAAGAUUCUCCUCCCCCCACCCACCCUCUUUUUUUUCUGGGGGGAGGGGGAGUUAAACAGGUUAAAAUCUUCAGAACCGAGCUUGUGCCUUGUGUCUUUUCUUGUUAGAAUGCACGUUGUGUUUGUCUGGUUUUGAUCUUAUCAAGAGAAACAAAGUUGAUGCUUUAUGAUGCUAAUAGGAGUUGCCUUAUUUCCGGUCACAGAUACCGAAAGUCAGUGGAAGAAUUACAGAAGAACUCAGAUAAGAAAGUUGCCCUGUUGACCAAUGCUACCAAGAAGGCAGAGGCUAUUGUAUGUAUAAUCUUUAUAAUUCUUAGUGUUGGGAAAAAGUGUUGAGAAUUACGAAGCAAUCAGUAAUUCUAACCUUUGUCGAAGCGAGUGUUGCCUACACAACAUGUUCGUAGCUUAACAUUGAUCUGAGGAAGUUGAACCUUCACAAAAUACGAUAAACACCCGCUAAUACAUUUGUGAGAACCUGUGGAUUAAGGACCUGCUGGCAGAAAUUUGGCAUUUUAAUAUCCAAAAAUGUAAGAACCUGUUUAGCCAAGCAAAAUCAAGCAGGUUCUUGUAUGUGUCUUACAGGUAAAUACUGCAAAGAUAAACAUUUUUACCAAGGAGCUUGACUUCGAGAUUGCCAAGUGAUAUUUCAAGAAGAUACUCACACCAUACUGUAAUUACAGAUAGACGUACUACUGUAAUUCCUCCAACGAAAAAAAUGUUUAUAAAAAGUACAGUGGUAAUUGUCUUCAUGAACCUUACAUGAGGGGCUGCAAUGUACAGUUUUGAAUAAACUAUUUAUAAUCACAGGAGUUCAGGCUUCAGGAGUAAUCAUUGAUCGUUUAUUGCGACAGUGCUGUUUCGUAUGGUCCGAAAUUGUAGGACCACACUCAUCAGGCAACUUCAACGAUUGACCGUUAAAAUUAAAAGCUGGCAGUAAAAUAUAGGGAUGCGUUAAGAGAUAGUAUCUAGGUAACAGAUGGAUUGUGUCUUAGUUACGUUACUCUAGGGUUCUGAAGUACAUAUCUGUUUCUGUGGGGGCAUGAACUCGCUAGUUCGUUUCGCCUGUUUAGGCCACAAAGCUCUUUUUUACAAAUGAUGAUAAACUUUUCAUAAAGACAUAGAUUACAUUUUUUGCCAAUGUUGCUAUAGGCUUUACAUUUCUUUAAAACUUUUAUAUCUGGAAAGAUUUCUUAGAGUCUUGUAAAGUCCAAAUAUAUUUUGAGAGUUCCGUUUCAUUUCUUCUGUUCGAGCGUCGAAAGGAGGACUGAUAAACACUGUAUAUUUAAGGACCAAACUCUCAAGUUUCUUUAUUUUUCUGGUAGUCAACAACUACAUCUCUAUUGAAAUGAAGAACCUAAUAAAGAACGUUCUUAGCCUAAAUUACCAAUGAUUGCCCCAAAAUAAAAGAACCUUGUUUGCCAGGCCUCAAAUAAUGUAGGUUCUUAUUAGUUGGUGGUAACUCUUCCGUGCAUUUUCUACCCCUCAAUUCGCGAAAAUGAACGUUCACAGGAAUUUUGUUUAUCGUCCUCUUAAAAAUUAUCCGUUUGAGAUUGGACGAGAUUAGUACAAUAAAAAUAACUUGGCGUGAAUGCGCUACUUUGCAACACACCGAUUUCGACUGAGCGUGCUCCUUGUCAACGAUCUUAAGUGCUCAACGAAUUAAAGCUAUGGAACAAGCUCGAGUUGGAUGAAUUAAAGGGGCUGUGUCACGGCAGUCCAGUUCAUUUUGAUUAAUUUUGCCAAUUACUCACCCUCAAUCGCUAUGGAACUUAGACCCUGCUAUGGAAAACUUAAAGUAGGCAAAACAGGCCCUUAAAGUAGGCAAAGAAAUUACAUGUAAAUGACAAAAUCAGUCAUCCGAGACAAACAAAUGUUUCCCGAGUAUUAUUUUUGAAGUUGCAAGCAGCAGGGAUCAACUUUUAAAAAUUGCUAGGCUGAACAGUUUUCAAAAACCCUAAUUUCAAUCCGUUUCAAUCUUCUUCAGUUUUGCCCAUCCGUGGCAUUUGUUGUUUCCGUUGUGUUAUUUUAACCUUCCUUUAAUGUUUUAAGCGGUUAUUUUUAUGUUUCUCUUAAUUUAACGGGCAUUUUGUAAUUUCCUAAUUUGGCUGAAUUUCCUGACACAGCUCCUUUAACUGCUGUGAAAGACAGUUUCAAACUUACUCCCACCCAGAUGCUCUCUAUUGGCCCGUCACUUGAAGAUAACGUCAACACUGGUCUAACGAUGGUAGAACCUUUAGCGCAACCAUUUACGUUUGAUGGCGUUCGCCACGUUCCAUCAAGCGCCGCGUUUGGUAUACGUUCUACAGUGUAGACGAUUUCCUGUGCAAGUGUCUUGUUUACAUGCACAUAUUAAUCGAACCAACGUUACUUCUUUUUAAAUGUACACUUUACACAUUUCCUUCUACAGAUCAACAACCAAAAGGAACAGAUCACUAAACUGCAAUCAAAGCUGGAUAACCUGACCAACGCAGUUGGUGAUAUGAAAGCCCGUAUGGAUCCACUCAAUAAGGAAGUGAUGGAGCGCCAUGUUAUCGGUCUUUGCAUUGAAAUAGUCUUAAUUCUUCUUCUGUUUAUACUGUUUGCAAAGAGAAACAAUAAUCAGGUGACUUCUAACUCACCCGGGAGGUCAGUGCACCUUAUGAACGGUCAUGGCCCCCCUCGACUCGCAAUUGAAGAUAGCAAACGCAGCAAAGCCACUGUCUUGUCUGAAGGUGAGUACUACGUUCGUGCACUAGGAAUAUUCAUCUGAUAUCAACAUGAAAUGUCUCCCCACAUACCUCCUUACGUUCUGCUUAGUAGUUAAAAAUAUCAACUUGGAUUACUUUUUAGUUUGCUAUUUCUGAGUUCCAAAAACUCUCAUUUUCAAAACGAGGCUAAGUGACAUUGUUUUCUCGUGAAAAUGAGUUUAAUCUGCAUGACAAUGAAUAUUAUGUUCAUAUCAAUUAUACUUCAGAACGCAUUUAUGCAACAAGAGGUUUUCACCGAACCCUUUAUUUGUGAUAUCGAAGCAAUAUAUUUUGUUCAUUCAUUUGUUCAUUUUUACCACCACAUUGCAAGUUACUGAAGCAUCUAUUGUCGGUCCAAUGUGUACAGUGUACUAAUGUAUUUAUUUUCUUAGUUAUUUAUUUGUUUUUAAUUUUAGUUCCUAGGUUAAGUAGAAAAGAACAGCUUCUUUUCAGUUUUGUCAAGAUGGCGGAACCGGAGAGUAUCGGAGGCGGCACUGAUACAGAUCACCAUGACAACAAAUUAGUAAAGGCAGGUUUUCACACAAUGCAGUUGUGUAUUUUAUAAUUGAAUGGGGAAAGCUAAUCCUUGAUGUUUGAAUUUAAAUGUUAAAUGUUAGUCCACUAGAAGGUUUCUAGAGUAAGCUCAAAUUAUCAUUCGCCAGUUCUGUUUAUUUCCAGAAGGGGAAAGAAUAGGGUGUAUACUGUUCCAUUGCAAAUACAACCGCCUCUCGUCGCUCUCCGUCGCUAGGAAAUAGGGAGCUUUAGCAUCGACGACGGCAACUGCAGGGAAAACGUCAGUCUUAAAAUGAAUUCCCGUUUUUUCAAUCUUUGUCGCGUUUACUCCAAUUUGCUGAAAAUGGCAAGUUUAGGCGAAUUUCCCUGGAGUUGACCGCACUCAAGUUUAGAGAGAGAAAAAGAGAUUCGUCGUCGCUUGUUCACGUCCUCCAUAAAACUUGCAAUUAGGCAUUUUCACGUCGUAGUCGUGCAAGGACGGUAAAGAAAUGUACAAAAAAGCGUGAUGCACGUGCAAAGUUGUUGUUUUGCGUAAUAAAGCUGUUGCUUUUUUGACGUCCUAUUUGCCGUCGCCGUCGUCGUUGCUAAAGCUCCCUAGUUUAAGAUACGGAGACUACGGACUACGAACUACGGCUGGACGAGCGUUGUCUUUUGUUUGUAGCACUGGGUUGAGUCGUUCAAAUAUAGAACGUUAAGAUUGCACUACAGACAGUAGACUACGAGAGAAGAGGCGGAGAGGGAAACAACACGCAAAGAUUUUCUUGUUUUCAUCACAGUUCACAAAACUACAUGUCAGUUUUGCAUGUGAUCUUAUCUUUAGAUCAAUGAACAAAUUCUUCCAUAUUUGAAGGAAGCAAUUACGUCGAGUGAAAUUGGUGAACAAAGUUUUGGUUACACAGGUUUUAUUUUUUUCGCCUAUGAAUACUUAUGUCAAAUACUAAAGAAAUAGACAGAAAUAGUAUAAUAGCUCAUUUAUUAGAUUCUCCAACGUACUGAUCUGAUAUAGUUUGAAGUAUUGAAAUGCCGAGUUUCGAUUGUCUCGAAGAUGUUUACAUCAUUUUCAUUCAGCAAAUGCGAUACAAAAACUCGCAUAAACAAAGGUUACACAAGUAGAAAGACACAUUAGUCAGUUCGAACAAACAUUGAAACUUUUCAAGUGCGAAGAGAAAGUAAAUUACCUGCAUGAUUUCUCUUCUCCUGGGCCGUCAAUCUGAAUUCUGCUUAUAAACAGCUUAGCUUAUUUAAAUAUGAGCUUAGCUAGAUAAAAAUGUAGUCACAACAGUGGAUUAAAAGCGUAAAUCUGAGCAGAAAUUAGACACAACUUACAUAUUUCGCUUCCCUCUCACUUAAAGCAGGUGAAACUUUUUUACGAAAAGACGAGAUUCUUGAAUUACCGAGACGGCAAAAUACGAGCAAAAUAAUCAGUGAAAGGUUCCGGCAAUUCUGCUUUUUACAAAAAGAUCAACUCUGCUACUUGAAAAGAGCAGAAAAUUAACUUUCUGCAUUUAUUUUUCAUAGAACAAAAUGCAAAAUUGUUACCUUUUUUGUUAAUGCUAGUCGAUUAGGUGAGAAGGAAAGAAAUAGGAGGGUAUUUUAAGCUUUCGAGGGAAAAUAUUUUAAUGUCAAUAUUGUCCGCUUUUCAUCCAUUUCUCACUUUACCAAACAAAACUUUAAAGCGCCAAAAAGGUACCUUUUUUUCAGUUUGAAGCGAUCUCUUCAAAAGCGCGAAAAAGGUACCUUUCUUGCGGUUUAGAAACGUUCCUAUCAAAAGAGCAAAAAAGGCACCUUUUUUGCGGUUACAAGCAAUCUCAUCAAAAGCGCGAAAAAGGCACCUUUAAAAAUAAAUGAUGUUUCAAUUAAAAUCCUACUGAUUGACAGAUGUCAAGCAACCGUUGGCGCCCCUAACGAACGAUACACAGACGUUUUUAGGGGACUCUAUGUCCCGUUUCUACAAUCGAAUUUCGCAGUCCCGAAUCUAAUUAAAACGAGCAAAACCCAUCCUAGACUGCCCUAGAAACACCUGUAUGGGAGGCUAUUCCUCAGUGGCCCCGGCUAUUUAACAGAAAUGGCUCGGACGCGCAAUAUUAUAAUUAUCGCGUCCUGCAUUAUUGGCAUAUUUUCCGAGCUACGUACGCGGACGAGGGUCUACUAUGGGGAAUCAUCGGACUAAAAAAAAAAUAGCUGGCUCCUUUUAGCCGAUCAAAAUUGAGAAACUAGACUGAAGAGAUCCGAAAAUACUGGCUACCAUCCAAAUGGAUGAAAUAGCUACUGGUUCUUUCAAACUAGAUGCAUGUGGAGGACCUAAGUAAGCCGGCCCAUUUUUAAGCGUGGAGCGAAGACUUAAAAAAAGUCCUAUAUGAAAAGUCGAACCAUUUUAAUCUGCGAAAAAAAAAAUAUCAGAUUCUACGUCGAUCUACGACAAACAGCAGAGAAGUGUUUUUUUCUUGAGUCUAAGCUGAGCGGGUUAUCAUAAUAACUGUUUUGUUUCGUGGGUGCCUUUUUUCACUUCUGAACCAUGGAAUCCACUUCGUAUUCGUUCAGUCGUCUUAUCCCAUAUUUAGCACAAAACAAUCGCACGUUUCUUUCUGAAAAGCCUAUUGUUACUUCUGGAAAGUUUUGUCCGAGAAUUUCACUGACAUGUUUGUACGUUUUAUUGUCUUCAAUGAGAUUCCUUAUUAAAGUAACAUUGCUUUCCAUUUAUUCCGCCACAUUUGUCUCUUGACUAGUGGGUCAGUCAAUUCAAGCAAAACAAAUGGCCCCAAACGGUUGACAUCUGUCAAUCAGUAGGAUUUGAAACGGCUUUCAAAUAUAGUUUGAAAACGCCAUUUAUUUUUAAGGUUCCCUUUUCGCACUUAUAAGAACAUCGCUUCCAACCGCAAAAAGGUACCUUUUUUGCUCUUUUGAUAGAAACCUUUCGCGCUUUUGAAGAGAUCGCUUCAAACUGAAAAAAAGGUACCUUUUUCGCGCUUGAAAGUUUUGUUUGGUAAAGUGAGAAAUGGAUGAAAAGCGGACAAUAUUGACGUUAAAAUAUUUUCACCCGAAAGCUUCAAAUACCCGCCUUUUUUUUUCUAAAAAGGUACCUUUUUUUAACUUUUUACCUGAUCGACUAGCAUUAACAAAAAAGGUAACAAUUUUGCAUGUUGUUCUAUAAAAAAUAAAUGCAGAAAGUUAAUUUUUCUGCUCUUUUCAAGUAGCAGAGUUGAUCUUUUUGUAAAAAAGCAGAAUUGCCGGAACCUUUCACUGAUUCAAAAUGUUCUCCGUAGUUCCGACUACGCGAAACAGCUCAACAACUCACCGUAGCCGCAGGACUACGCGGGAAAAAUGAACAGUCACGUGGUUUUGAUCAUGCGCCAAAGCAUGUUUAACCGUAGUCGUAGUCCGUAGUCGCCGUAUCUUAAACUCCGUAAUAAAUGUCCCGACCGGACGGCGUGGAGCGAUGUGAGUAGGCUGUAUUUACAGGAUAGUAGGAUUUCUGGUCUCUGAUUUCAUGCUGCUUCCUCACACGACAAAUAUUGCACUACUUUGAUCAAGCUGGAAUUUCUUUCCCAGGGAGCAAUUCUAAAAUAGAGAUCUUUAGAUUUGUGAGCAUGGACGACUCAGAGGUUUUUUUGCCUCUUCUCAGAAAAUAGUAAUCCCGAAAAGUUUUAUUGCACUUUUUUACUAGAAAAGUUAGAACGGUUAUUUUUAUUGAAGGAGUUUGAGCCCUCUCCCGAUCGCAGAAUCAUAAAACUUCUAACAUUUGAUAACUUAUUUCCGCCUCAAUGACAUUCUCGUUAAAACGCGUAGUAGAAUGACCACGGCUGUCACGUUUUCCCGCCAAAAUGAUGUUGGCUCACGCCUCGCACUUCUUGCCAUUGACAAAACCUCUUCCUUGUAGUCGUCCUCGUCUUAGAAUCUAACGGUCACUAUUGAGAAACACUCUUAAUCUAGAAAUGAUUACUAACUGUAGUACUCUAUUUCUUGUAGGGUAAUACCUUCAAUACCAGUGAGAGUAAGAAGAAACGUCAUCGCAAGCGUAAAGGGUCCAGUACACCUGAACUUCUGCCUGACAGUCCUAGCUAUGAAACGUCCAACGGACCCGAGCCUUCCCCUGAAAGUCAUUCUAGUGCUGACGCGCCUAGGUCAGCGGGUGUUGUCAGUCGUACAGCUGGGCUGCUUUUUUCGAGUGCUCGUGGGUUCUUUGGUGGCCUUCACAAUCCAUGGAAACGAUCAAAACCUUCGACUGUCCAUAGUGAUCCCAAUAUAUCCGAAAGAAGCGAACUCAGCCAAGCGAGCAAAAGCUCGCCGAGACCAAAUAAUCCGGGUUUAUCCCGAGCAAAGAGUCUUGAGUUAGUUCCAGAGAAUACAUCAAUUCAAAAACCUGCAUCACCACCACCAGCACCGACCCUUUCGUCCGAGUUUGGCGUGAUGUUGAAGCGCCCACCAGAUUGUUAUUACCCUAAGAAAGGCCCCGCAAAGAACAUUUUGCCAGCUCCCGUGAAAUAUGGGAAAUAUUGCGUGUUAGAUUCUCAGUUGGCAUAACUAAGGCCCCUCGGGAACCUCACGCAUUCCUCACUCCAUGCUAUUGAAAGUCCGUUUUUAAGGAUGACUGGAGUAUGAAUUCGUUUGGUUUUCGGGGGUGCUGGUAGAAAAAUACUUUGUGGAGAACCGUCAAAGUUAUUGAACCUUUCUUGGUUUACAACCAAAGGCUCGUAAUUGGUAUACAAGUACAAAAAUAUCUUUGUUAAAUUUUGUGGAAAUACUUGACGAGAACUCCCAAAUCCAGUCGCAGCUUUAUUCUUCUUGGCAAAUCCUCGGUUGCUUUUACAGAACUACUGUAAAUGCUUGUAUUUUAAGGCGCAUAGUUCUGUCGUUUACUUAAAAAACGUAAUUUGCCCUAUAAAGACUGCUGCGGUCUUGCCAAAAAUAUGGUGGUCAAGUUGUUCCACUUACGGUUAUGGUGAAAUAGAGUAUUACUAAGAAGAAGAAUAUUGUUAUCCUAAGGCAGAUUUAAAAAGGAAGAAUAAAUAGAACGGGUCGUUUUGCUUGGUUUAGGAGUCAUGGUCAGAGAGGUUGUCUUCUUUCAAGAAUUUUGUCAAGCGUGCGACGUUUCACAACUUCCACAAGCAUUUUUAUUGUCGCACCAUCUUCCAGUAUAUUUUCCGAAAUCUGUUAUGCCCUUUCUUAGAGAGCCCAAGUAGCCGGCUUUUUUACAACCCUCGUUUUUGACUCACGCUUAAAUUGUCUCACUAGUUCGCUCCCAGUCCAAUUAUGA